AACCUAUGUAAUCGUUAAAUUACAUUGUAUUUAUUUACACAUCCGGGAUUAUUUUCGCUUGGCUGGUAGCCCCGCCCCCCGCAGCUCAUCUAUUGGCUGCUUCCCACGCCAGUAAUGCAACGCCCCGCCCAUCACAAAGAAGCAAGUCUAUCACAAACACAAAGAGUGCAACAAAGACUAGAGAAAUGUACAGCCGAACCGACACACAAAACUGUCAGAUAGUCUCAGUUUGAGGUCUCAGACGGAAUCGGCAUCGAGACAAGACAACCGAAACCAAAAAAAUAAAAUAUCAUAAGCAUACUCUCUCUCUGGAAACAAAAAAUAUUCAGCUUCCCUACAGAAAAUCUAUGCCAAACUUCGCAGUGAGAUCCAGUUCAGGUGAAAGAUAUGGUAUUGGAACAACAUGAGGAUGAGUAAAUAAUGUCGUAUUUUCUCCUGUGGUGUCUGUGUGGAGCGUGCCACACAUCCACUCCACAACAACGACGGCUUUUGCUUGCAUCUUCCAGUGUUUCUUCUGUCAGCAAGUUCAGCAGAGCUGCAACUCGUCAAGCGCCAGCCCAGAGGAACCCAGCGAGGAGCACCACGACUGUGAGAUGGUAAAAAUGACAAAGUCUAAGACCUUCCAGGCCUACCUGCCCAACUGUCACCGAACCUACAGCUGCAUCCACUGCCGGGCACAUCUCGCCAAUCACGAUGAGCUCAUCUCAAAGUCAUUCCAAGGCAGCCAGGGACGAGCCUACCUCUUCAAUUCAGUUGUGAAUGUCGGUUGUGGUCCAGCAGAGGAGAGGGUUCUUCUAACAGGUUUACAUGCUGUGGCAGACAUCUACUGUGAAAACUGUAAAACCACUCUGGGCUGGAAAUACGAGCAUGCAUUCGAGAGCAGUCAGAAAUACAAAGAAGGCAAGUUCAUCAUCGAGCUGGCUCACAUGAUCAAAGAUAAUGGCUGGGAGUGACCUUCACCUACUUCCUCUCCGCUCAGUGACCUUUGGGCUGCUCUGCCGUGGACUUUGCCGAGUGACACCACCACACGCACACGUACACAAACAAAAAAAAAAGAAACGCACAGACACGCGCGCACACACACGCCACUGUCAACCAUGACACAUCCUGACAUCUCAACCGGGUCAUCACAAAACUCAAAGGCAGAGUGACGUAAAGCGAAAUCAAAGACAUCUACGGUCACUGAAAGACUCUCUAGGACCUUUUUCCGAGAUGUUCAUGUCAACACUUUGGGAUCCGAACCUUCUCCCUUCCUGUUCGACUACCCCCUGGUUUUGGUGUGCUCGGCCCUCCUCGUGUGUAACCGCUCCUCGUAAGCUGUUAACAGUAUCCAGAAGACACAGUCUCACUUUUUUCAUUCGACAAGCGGGAGGUGUGCGUUUUAGUGUACGUUCUUUCUUUGCAAACAGGAGUCCUUCCUGGUGGACUGAUGUUACCGGUUAGCAAUUUCCUCCUUCUCUGAGUCAAGCCUGUUCUGAUUGUCUUUCCUUUCACGUUGGGGUAGCGACAGAUACAAUUGACAUGCGUAAUAGGAGACGGGGUUGGUUUCAGGGUUAAGCUAUGUAGCAGUAUAUUUCAGACGGGGUUGGGGAUUCGGGUGGGUGCAGUGGCAUGGCGUUUCCCUUGCGUUUUACCUGUUUUGUUUCCGAUUCGAAACGUUUUUCUUCCUCGGAUGACUUCACUGUGCAAUUCGUGGGACACUCUGGUACAGCAGUAGCGUCUGACCCCUACAGGAGCUUUAGUUGUCUCUGGUGCUUUCGGUGAGAUUACGCAAACACGCGUCUUUGUCAGUUGGCAUUUGUGGCAGGUUCCAUUUUUGCAAGUGUACUAUAGGCGAGAGAAACAAACAAGACAAGCGACAGCCGUUUGGAUGCACUGGACAUUGGGGAAAACUGAAACUAGUGUCCUCGGAACAUCGUUUGCGUUACGUUUUCAUCCCCCUUCACGCCAAAUGACGACAAGAUUUUACAAAACUAUUGUUGUUGAUAUUACAAUCAUGUGUAUGUUCAUUGCUAUGUGUAAUUUAUGUGUUAAACCACGUUUGGACAUGCGCACGCAUGUUAGCUCAGUGUGUUUUACGCAUUAUGUUUAUGGCAUACUUGAAUGCAGUUACUUUGUUUGCACUUUGCAGAGGCCUUGUUCAUGGGUUUAGAGGCAAAAGUCUGUCCAUUUUAUGGCCUUUUUUUCAGUGAUUAUAAUCGAAUGAUUGUAUUAGAUGCUUUGAAUGAUUUCCAGGGUUGGGUGGUUGCUGGCCUGAUCAUCUCCCUCCAGUUUCAAACGCACGAAACCUGCUGCUUUCGCUUCCUUCCGCAGACCUGUUCGCUGCGCUCGUAAUUCGUCGAAUUGGAUUCGCGCAUCAGAAACAGGUCUCGAAAUUUACAAUCGGACACCGUUCAGUGUGGCGUCACGCGAUUCUUUUGCUGCUAAUAGAGAUAAAUGCAAUCCGGAGCUUUCACUUUAAACCUUCUGCACUUUACCCGGACUGUCUGAGAGCAUGCGAGCGGAUGCGUUCCUUUUGUAGCUUUUUCUCCACAUCUUUGCCUCUAAGCAGCAUGAAUCUUGUGCCUCUUCAAAAGAUUAAAAAAAAAAAGAAAGAAAAAAAUCUCCCUCUCCUGUGUUGUGCGGCGCAUGACUCCGAGAACCCAGCACGCUCCGCUGGAGCUUCGUAUCGAACUCGAAAACGACACGAACUUGGAAACGAACCUCACAGAACCUCUAUCCACUCGAAAGUCUAUACCGAAGCAUAAUAUAAUCCAGUAUUUUUACAUAGUUCUAUGUCAAAGGUAGAGAUGUUAUGAAACAGUGGUUUAUAAGGGGGCGGGGCAGUUAGAACGGGAGGGGGCGGAGCUUGCUUCCUGUAGAGGUUAAGAGGGGCAUUUAAUGUAGAUUUUUAUCGAAUAUUAUUAUAAAUAUAUAUAUAUAUAUAUCGAAUCGUACAGAUAAAUAUCGAGGUUUGGGUGGGAUCGCGGGCAAUAGUAGAACGAGUGGCGAACCCUCAGUUACAGCGUUCGUCGCCGAUAAGGUCAGUCCGGUCACGUGACCUUCGAAUCAGUCAAAGACAAUGCAAACAAAAUAGUUGUAGAAAUAUCUUACUUGAAAGAUGAUACAGAGUUACAGACAAUACAUUGUCCCUCUCACACAGUUUUUGUACAUAAAGUAACAUAUUUAAGGUUUUAUACAUAUUUCUACUGGGUUAGUUUCUCUACUUCCCCGACUUGAAGCACUUUUGUUCACUGUACCUCUGGCUUUAUAUAUAUGUGUGUGUGAAUGAUGAGAGAGAGAGUGAGUGUGUGUUUGGACGCAUGUAUGCGUGUUCCCUUACUUCCCUCACUUUAUUUGUAGCCGUUUUUGCUGUUGUUCACUAGUUCCUCUGUGCUGUUUCCUUUAUGACACUUCUUUUGCUGUCUCACAGCGUGUUUUGAUGUGUGCUCUCUUAGCUUGUUGAUAAUGAGCUUUGUAUUUUUUGUUUUUUCUUUAAUAUUAAAGUUGAUUUUUUUUUUUUUUUUUUUUUUUUUUUUAGUUU